AUUCCUCACAAAAUGACGAAAAAGAAUUGAGAAAAGAGUAUGGAUUGAGAGUGGAGAUGUACAAGUUGCACAGAGAUUUGGCCACAGCCAUCAUAAUUGAAUAAAGGCAAAGAAGCAAAGGAAUCGGAUGAAUUUUUAGAAAUGGAAAUGGAAAUUGCAUAGAUGGCAGAGCCAGCGAGAUCUUAGAGAGAUCAAGCAUUUUUGUAGCGUGGAGCGUGGCGUUGCAAUGCUGGAGCUUCAAUCGAGUGGCUGUAAUUUCAAUCAAACCCGGUUUCUUUGAUCCUCUUCUCCUUCUUUUUAUGGGGAGUGGAACUCUCGUAGAUGGUGUUCGUCGCUGGUUUCAACGUCGCAUUACUUCCUCUUCCUCCUCCUCCUCCUCUUCUUCUUCUAAUUUAGGACGUAAUUCUGAUUCUGAUUCUAAUCUCAAUUACCCAUAUAAUAAUAAGCUCGAUUAUGUGGAUAAUGGCGAAAAUGGUAACCAAUUGUUGAGUAGCGAUUUACGCGCCCAAUCGACCACUCUUCCCCCCAAACGCAAACGUUUACGGAAGCAACCCCAUCCCGGAGGAGAAGGCAUUCUUAAGCGAUUAACUGAGGAGGAGGACGAUGGUGUCGACGACCUUGAUUACUCUGCCUUGAAGCUCAUCAAAGUUCCUAAGCGGACCAAUCAUUUCAGAGCUCCUCCUCCUCCUCUUCCCGCUUUAAUGGAUUCCCACAAGAAGGGUGGAUUGGAAACAGAAUUUUUCACAGAGUAUGGAGAAGCCAGCAGAUAUCAGGUUCAAGAAAUAAUUGGUAAAGGAAGCUACGGGGUUGUCGGUUCUGCCAUUGAUACACAUACUGAUGAGAAGGUCGCAAUCAAGAAAAUUAAUGAUGUUUUUGAGCAUGUUUCUGAUGCCACAAGAAUAUUAAGAGAAAUUAAACUCCUACGGCUGCUUCGACAUCCAGAUAUAGUAGAAAUAAAGCACAUUAUGCUUCCUCCUUCACGGAGAGAAUUCAGAGAUAUUUAUGUUGUUUUUGAAUUGAUGGAAUCUGACCUCCACCAAGUAAUCAAGGCCAACGAUGAUCUCACUCCUGAGCACCAUCAAUUUUUCUUGUACCAGCUUCUUCGUGGUCUGAAAUAUAUACAUACAGCAAAUGUAUUUCAUCGUGAUUUAAAGCCCAAAAACAUUUUAGCUAAUGCCGACUGCAAACUGAAAAUAUGUGAUUUUGGACUUGCUCGUGUGUCGUUUAACGAUGCUCCAUCUGCUAUUUUCUGGACUGACUAUGUUGCGACCCGGUGGUAUCGUGCUCCUGAACUUUGUGGCUCUUUUUUCUCAAAAUACACUCCUGCAAUCGAUAUUUGGAGCAUUGGAUGCAUAUUUGCGGAAAUGCUCACUGGAAAGCCACUGUUUCCUGGGAAAAAUGUGGUGCACCAAUUGGAUCUGAUGACUGAUGUGCUUGGCACGCCUUCGGCUGAGUCCAUUGCUAGGAUUCGAAAUGAAAAGGCAAGAAGAUACCUUAGUAACAUGAGGAGAAAGCAGCCUGUUCCUCUCACACAAAAGUUCCCCAAUGCCGAUCCCUUGGCUCUCUGCUUGCUUCAACGCCUGCUUGCAUUUGAUCCCAAAGACCGUCCUACAGCUGAAGAGGCAUUAGCGGAUCCUUACUUUCAUGGUUUGGCGAACGUGGAUCGCGAACCAUCAACUCAACCGAUUUCAAAACUUGAAUUUGAAUUUGAGAGAAGAAAGUUGACAAAAGAUGAUGUUAGAGAAUUAAUUUAUCGAGAGAUCUUGGAGUAUCAUCCUCAGAUGCUGCAAGAAUAUCUCCGCAGUGGAGAACAAACUAGUUUCAUGUACCCAAGUGGUGUCGAUCGUUUCAAACGCCAGUUUGCGCAUCUGGAGGAACAUUAUGGUAAGGGUGAAAGAAGUUCUCCACUUCAAAGACAGCAUGCUUCAUUGCCUAGGGAAAGGGUUUGUGCACCCAAAGAUGAGGCUGCACAGCACGAGGAUUUAGAAGGAAGAAAUGGUGUAUAUGUUGCUUCAACUCUUCAGAGUCCCCCAAGGUCGCAGCAAGGUGAUGGUUCGGAAAAUGCAAACAGUAACGAACAAAAUGGACAAAGCAAGCCAAAUUACAGUGCUCGUAGCUUGUUGAAGAGUGCCAGCAUCAGUGCCUCUAAAUGUAUAGGUGUCAAACCAAAAAAGGAACUAGAGGAGGAACCGAUUACGGAGGUUAACGACGAGGCAAUUGACGGGUUGUCUCAGAAGGUUUCGGCCUUGCAUACUUGAUAUUUCAUACCCCUUGUAUUUUCCUUGAGAGAAUGACAGAGGGCGGCGGGGCUGCUCGUUUUGUGUAUUUUUUCCCAAAGAUUAUGUUGGCUAUGCAUCUACAUUAGGCAAAGUGUAGCGAAGUUUCUUUAAAAAUCAGGUAUAUGCUAACAUUAGGUUUCAUGCCCAACUUACUGUGUAAUUUUUUGCACUACGAACAGAAAAAAAUGGUUCCAUGUAAUUUUGAUUUAUUUGUAUUUUGAAGGGCCUUUCAGGUUGCUUGCUACCCCUUGUAGCAUGAAUUCCACGAUGGAGAACAAACUGGCAUGUUGGAUUUAUGUAUCUAUCACAAAUCCUUGUUUGGCUCUUGCCUUUAUUUCUCGGGCUUGUAACUCUGAUGAAAAUGAAUAUUGUAUCUUCAUUCAUAAGUUUGAUUGACAGAAAUCUU